UAUUGUUUUUGAAGGUUUACACGGACGACUUUAUGUCAAGAACCAUGGUAUAUGGUAUGUAGUGUGUUCUCACAACGUUGCAAGUAUUGAUUUACAGUAGUUGAAUACAUCUACAGUUUCCCCAUAUGCUGAGACAGUCAUGACAGAGAAACAAAUUCCUGUGAUAGACAUUGAGCCACGGGUAAAUGCCUCUUCAGCCAUUCAACCAGGCAUAAAGAACAGCCUGGGCUGGUCGCGUAGCGACAACUCUUUUAAAUUCGACUUCAUCACUAAGGAUGGAUCUUCCGCUCAUACGGACAUAGCUGUCCGCUUGCAGGAAUCUUCCCAGCGGGUCCACCACACUGGGUCAACUGCUAUUACUGAACAGGGUUCUGGGUUUGCAUUCAAUUUUAAAAUCCCUGAGGGAACCGAAGAAGAGAUGACAGAUACAGUAGCGGCCCUCCCUUUAGAAGUGCCUGCCUCUGACUGCAACAAACCUACCAAAGAAGACAAGCCUCAACAGAAUGAACCUCACGCUUCCUCCAAAGCCAAGAAAAAGAAGAAAAAAUCUGGGAAUAAGAAAAAAACAACAGAAAGCACAGAGCAACAGGAGGAACAGACAAUCUGUUCAUCCACAAUAUCAGAGGCUCGUGGAGAUGAAGGAACAGCGCUGUCUGCAGAACAACAGUUUAAGAGAGAGCUAGACUGGUGCAUUGAGCAACUGGAGCUGGGAUUGAGCACACAGAAAAGUACAACCAAACAGAAAGAGGAGGUUUGUCGAAACCUCAAGACUCUACGCAGCUCCAAGGCUCCUCUGGCCAAGAAGAGGCAAGUGAUGAGGGCCAUGUCUGGAGACUACCGAAAGAAGAUGGAGGACGAGAAGGACAAGCAGUUCAAACUCAUCCAGGCUGCGAUGACAUCAGCUAAAGUGAAAGCAGUUAACAAGGGGGUUGAUAAAUCAGUUUUUCACCGGAAAGCAGACAGCAAAACAGAGACUCUGAGUAAAGCUGAAAAGGAUCAACAGGUGAACACAGGUGUGCAGGACGAAGAGGAGACCUCAUCUUUUGUCUUUACCCCUGCGAAGGAGGAGUUCUGCUUCAACUUCCUUUAGUGAGUGCACUGCAUGGGGAAAUUAUGGCUAAAAACUCAAAUAAAAAGUCUAAAAUAACCCUAUUUUAAGGGCAAUGGAUUGUAUGAUUACAAAUGAGUUGUAUUGUUGCAACCAAUUAAGUUUAAAUAAAGGAAUUGAAAUUC